UCUCGCUUACCGUGGCGCUCACUCACCGGAGAUGGCCUUCGCCGUCGCGCCGCCGCUAGCGCCGCCUCCACCUUCGCCCGCGGCGGCAUGGGGUAGGCGCACGAGGGAAACACCUCCGCGAUUCGCCCUGGCUGUAUCAACCAGCGACGGCGACCCGGCCCCGCGGACGUUCGAGCAGCUACGCGAGCAGCUCCUACAGCUCCACGCAGAAGCCGACCUCACUCAAUCCAAAGCAAAUAGUGCGAGGGUAAGGCUUGUGCGGUUGACUGAGGCUGCUGAGAAUCUGAAGAAAAGAGCCGCGGUCAGUAUCCGGAUGGGCAAAGAGAAUGAGGCAGUGGAUUUACUUGUGCAAAAGAAGAAGUUGACCAGAGCUCUCGAGAGCAUAAAACAGCGGAUUGAGGUGUUUGAUAAGCUUUCCACAAAGAUCAGUGAGGCAAUUUCAAUGAAGCAGAACAUGUUAAUUGAACAUGCAUUGCAUCCAGGGAUGUCUAAUGGCAAAGAAUCAAAUGACAACAUAAGAGUUUUUUCUGGCAAAGUUGGUGACGAGGCUGAUGAGACUACUGUCUCUCCUGCGAAAUCAUCUGAAAAGGCAGUUGAUCUGAAACAUGUGGCGCUUUCAAGCAUGGCUGGCCAAUUGGAACAAAGCAAACUUCAGACAUCCGAUAAGUUCAAAUUUUCUAGUGAGCAUGAUCCACCAAAUGGCACAACAAACCAUUCUUCUUACGAUGAUUUUCUAGAACAUAUUGGUUUGCAGCUGAAUUCGUUAGAAUGUGAAAUUGAACAAUAUAUCAGUUCCCAACUAGCAAAACAGGUGGACAUUCAGAAGCCAAUCGAUGGCAAAUGGCAGAAAUUGUCUGGCAUAUUGAAGCUUAUAUCUGAAACUAGAGAAAGGAUUGCAAAGAUUGUGGAUAAUGCAGUGAAGGAGACUGGAUCUGAGGACCUGAGGUCAUAGCAAAGUAUAUAAAACAAUGUAUCGAUGGCACCCUGUUUCUUUCAUUUGUAACUUAGUAAGUUGUUUCAUUAUUUUGAUUUCACUGCACAUAGUUUAGAUUAUCCCCUAUUGAUUGUAUGGGAUGAACUUAUGAUUCUUUAUUAUUGAUUGUUUAUUUUGUACCUGUUUCUCUGCCAGAAUACCUAAGUACCAUACAAUCUGAAAAAAU